AUGUUGUUUGUAAAUUUGAAUUUGUUUAAUAAAUUUAAAAAAGAAUUAAAAAAUAAAAAAGGUCACACCGGAAGAAGGUCACAGGCAUUACGUUCAAGAUGGCGUCCCCCCUGUGUCAGUGUUACCAGAUGUGUAUGAGAAGAGGCUUGGUGGCAUUCCCUUACUCUUACCUGCUACUUCACAAAAGACCCAAUGUCUACAGGAUACGUGGGAUCCUCCUCAAAUGUUCUUCACAGGUGCCUCAGUCACCUCUUCUGCAGGUACGGUAUUUGUCAGGGGAGAGAGGCGGUGGCAGAAGAGGUUUCAUAGGGGAGCUUCUGGAGAACAUUAAGCAAGAGCUAAACAAGAGCAAAGAAAUGAAAGACAACAUCAGGAAGUUCCGGGAAGAGGCCAAGAAACUGGAGGAGUCAGAUGCAUUGAAACAAGCUCGAAGGAAAUAUAAAACUAUAGAGUCUGAAACGGUGAAGACCUCCGAUGUGCUCAGGAAGAAGUUGGGAAACAUCUCUGAGACAGUUAAAGAGGGACUAGAGGAGGUCAGUCGUACAGAAAUUGGGAAGAAAAUCAAGGAUGGAAUGGAGGAAGCAGCCAAAACAGCGAAGACCUCAGCAGAGUCUGUAUCUAAAGGUGGAGAGAUGUUGGGGAAGAGUGGUGCGUUCAGAGCAAUAUCACAGGGCAUGGAGAGUGUGAAGAAAGAGAUCGAUGACCUGGGUCACACCGGCCCUUAUCGGCCUCCUGCCAGACUCAGGAAGAGGAGUGAGUUCUCCUCCAAGGGGGCAGGGGAUGACAGCAAGGUCUUCGAAGCCAACGAGGAAGCAAUGGGUGUGGUGCUCCACAAAGACUCAAAAUGGUACCAGCAGUGGAAGGACUUUAAAGACAACAAUAUGGUCUUCAACAGGUUCUUUGAGAUGAAGAUGAAGUAUGAUGAGAGCGAGAACACCCUCAUCAGAGCAUCUCGUGCCGUCACCGACAAGAUGACUGACAUCUUAGGUGGGCUGUUUUCUAAGACGGAGAUGUCUGAAGUACUAACAGAGAUCUUGAAGGCAGACCCAUCCUUUGACAAAGAUUCUUUCCUCAAGCAGUGUGAACGAGAUAUCAUCCCCAACAUACUGGAGGCGAUGAUCCAAGGGGAGCUGGAGGUGCUGAAGGACUGGUGUUAUGAAGCGACAUACAGCCAGCUGGCACACCCAAUUCAGCAAGCCAAAGCCAUGGGACUUCAGUUUGACUCUAAGAUCCUGGACAUUGACAGUAUUGAUUUGGCCAUGGGGAAGAUGAUGGACCAGGGCCCAGUGCUGAUUAUCACCUUCCAGGCUCAGUUAGUCAUGGUGAUCCGAAACACCAAAGGAGAGGUGGUGGAGGGAGACCCUGAAAAAGUGCUCAGGAUGAUGUACGUGUGGGCUCUGUGUCGAGACCAGGAGGAGCUCAACCCGUAUGCUGCCUGGAGACUACUCGACAUCUCUGCCUCCAGCACCGAGCAGAUCCUCUAAGACUCUUUGAUACGCUAAAGAGAGAGAGAACAUGCUGUACCUAAACAGGUCCUGGAGCUGGCUGGGAAGAAGGGGCGGCAUGAAGAUGAGGGACAGACAAGUGGGACACUUCACAGCAGUAAUAUUGCUAAGUCGUGUUUCUAAACGCUUCACUUUCUCUUUUUUUUACUACACUGGUUUUGGGUUCGGUCACUGCAAUCUCUGGGUUUUCUCUGAAUGCUUGACAGUUAUUUCUAGCCGUUCCUCUGGCUCCCACUAGGGGGCGGUAGACUACCAACAACUCUCUGUCACUGUACUUUCUGCAAUGCCUCUGUGGCUGUCCAUUUAUUGAAUCUAUGUGGUGCAGGGCAACCAUUACCAUUUAAGGGAUACAGGAAGUUAUUUAACGUGGGCUCUGUCCAUCAGUCCCUCACUCUCUCUCUCUCUCUCUCUUCCUCUCUGAGGCGUUGUUAUCUUGGUGGUUGGUGGUGAGUUGUGGCCAGUCAGUACUCUCCUAGAUUCUUGUUUGUAUAAUAAUUGUCCACUGUAAUUGUUAAAAUGUGAGAAAAUCUAUAUUUAUUAUGAAAAAUAAAGAUGACCCCUGUUUUUCACACUAGCAGACAUUUUUAACCUUCUACUCUGCAAAUAGUUAAACUUCUCUCCUGAUCUGGAGGAUAUUACGUGAUUCCUUCUAGGGCAGUCGCUAAUUAUUUUUUUAAAAUUAAAUCCUCAAGCGGGAUUUUUUGCUAUAUUUCCUUUGGGAAAAAUGCUGCCUGAGUGAAUUUUUACAGUUGUAUUUCCGGAGCAGAUCUAGAGCACUCAUUUGCUUUGAGUGAAAUGUAGCUGCCUUGGUAAAACGGAUUAUAGUGAAUUGCAUUUGACAGCUUCCUUGGUCUGCGGUAUAUUACCUUUCAGUCCUGACAUUAACACCAUGUGCCAUCGUACAGUUGUGCUCAGAUGACAUGCUUUGACCUCCAGUGUUGUGGAGGGUUAUAAAUCACUGCUACAUGUGUUCAAUGUGCCAUGUUGUUACCUACACACCAGAACAAUAUGGCCUACAUCAACAAACCUCUCUUCGACAAAACAAUGGAGGUUGCAAAGGCUAAAGGGCACCAAAUCUCACCAAUAAUCUGUCAGCCUUACGAUUUGUCAUCACAUGUCCAUGAUGGGGUUAGAGGUCGCCUCUGGAUACUGUCUGCAUGUCUUUGGCGAUCCUCUGCUGGCUGUGUGGGCAAAUAUAUUUCACUGAAACACCUUUAGCGUGAAUAGACAAGUAAUUUGGAUUCAUGAUGAGGACAAUUACACCUCAUUACAGGCCUAUUUUAUGCACAGAUUUCAUUUUGUGUUGGUAACAGACAAUAGUUUAUAUAAGGUCCGAGUAUGCAGAUUGCAAACAAAGCUGCAUCAUACUGAGACUUUUUCUCUUGUCAAGCCAACAGGAAAUCCUUUUUUUCUUCCCUGCAUUUUGCCCAUUUCCACUCUGUAAGAUGUCACCACCUCAAUUAAAAUGUCAGAUUUUU